GCCGCGGCGGCAGGAGAAGCCCAACCCCCUGCGGGCUGCCAACUUCUGCUCCCGGCUCUUCUUCUGGCAGCAGGAAUGGAGGGAGAUAUGCACAUUUCCCUUAAGUAUGCUGCCUUGCUAAUUAGAUCAGUUUGCCGAGAGGCAGCUGCUGCAAACUCCCUGAGUCCUGGUCUGUCCGCCCUGCUCUAUGGAAGAUGAGGUGGUUGAAUCCUUUAUUUGUUACUGGUCACAAACGAAAGCUUGAAGAAGAUGAUAUGUAUAAAGUGCUGGCUGAAGAUUCAUCAGAGAGGGUUGGAGAGGAGUUGCAAUGGUACUGGGAUAAAGAGGUGCAAAAAGCUAAAAAAGAAGCAAGAACGCCACAUUUAACAAAAGCAAUCCUACUUUGUUAUUGGAAAUCCUAUUUAGCUUUGGGAUUUUUCACAUUGAUUGAGGAAACACUCACAGUAAUUCAACCAGUCUUUUUGGGAAAAAUUAUUAAUUAUUUUGAAGUUUUUGAUCCUCUUGAUACUGCUGCUUUGAAUUUUGCCUACUGCUAUGCAGCUGCUUUGUCUGUGUGUACAUUGAUUUUAGCCAUAACACACCACUUAUACUUUUAUCACGUACAACGGGCUGGCAUGAAAUUGAGAGUAGCGAUAUGUCACAUGAUUUAUCGGAAGGCUCUUCGUCUCAGUAACACAGCUUUGGGAAAAACUACCACAGGUCAAAUAGUAAAUCUUUUAUCAAAUGAUGUGAACAAAUUUGAUCAGGUCACAAUUUUCUUGCACUUUUUAUGGGCUGGACCACUUCAAGCUAUAGCAGUAACUGCACUUCUCUGGAUUGAAAUAGGCCCAUCAUGCUUUGCAGGAAUGGCAAUUCUGAUUAUUCUACUUCCUUUACAAACCUGUAUUGGGAGGUUGUUUUCUUCACUAAGGAGUAGAACUGCAGCCUUGACAGAUGUCAGGAUUAGGACAAUGAAUGAAGUCAUAACUGGUAUGAGGAUAAUAAAGAUGUAUGCCUGGGAAAAAUCAUUUUCAGAACUAGUUAGCAGUAUAAGAAGGAAGGAGAUUUCCAUGGUUCUUAAAAGCUCCUAUCUUCGAGGAUUGAACUUGGCAUCGUUCUUUGUUGCAAGCAAAAUAACAGUUUUUAUGACUUUCAUGACAUAUGUACUACUUGGCAAUGUUAUUUCUGCAAGCCGGGUGUUUGUGGCAAUGUCACUGUAUGGUGCAGUGAGACUGACUAUCACUCUCUUCUUCCCUGCGGCUGUUGAGAGAGCAUCUGAGGCACUGAUCAGCAUACGACGAAUCAAGAACUUUCUAAUACUUGAUGAGAUUUCACAGUUCAAUCCGCAGUUGGAGAAUAGCAAUGAAAAUGUCGUACUUCAUGUUCAAGACUUGACUUGUUAUUGGGAUAAGAGUUUGGAAAUCCCAACCCUUCAGCAACUUUCUUUUACUGUCAGACCAGGUGAAUUAUUGGCUGUGAUUGGCCCUGUAGGAGCUGGGAAAUCAUCUCUCUUAAGUGCUGUCCUCGGCGAACUGCCUAAAGAUAAAGGUUUGAUGGAUGUUAGAGGAAGAAUAGCCUAUGUUUCUCAACAGCCAUGGGUAUUUCCUGGCACCGUGAGAAGUAAUAUACUAUUUGGUAGAGAAUAUGAGAGAGAAAAGUAUGAAAAAGUUCUAAAAGUUUGUGCUCUUAAAAAAGACAUGGAUUUGUUAGAAGAUGGUGACCUAACUGUGAUAGGAGAUCGUGGCGCUACACUGAGUGGCGGUCAGAAAGCCCGUGUAAAUCUUGCCAGAGCAGUGUAUCAAGAUGCAGACAUCUACCUCUUGGAUGAUCCACUGAGUGCAGUAGAUGCAGAAGUUAGCAGACACUUGUUUGAAAAGUGUAUUUAUCGGGCCUUGCACCAAAAGGUCUCUAUUUUAGUGACUCAUCAGUUGCAGUACCUCCAUGCUGUAAACCAGAUUUUGAUUUUAAAAGAGGGUAAAAUGGUGGGGAAAGGGACCUAUUCAGAGUUCCUGAAUUCUGGAAUCGAUUUUGCUUCCCUUUUGAAAAAAAAUGAAGAGGUUGAACAGUCACCAAUUCCUGGAAUCCCCACUAUGAAGUCAGCAAGGAACCGCACCUUUUCACAGUCCUCUGUCUGGUCACAAGAUUCCUUGGUGCAGUCACAGAAAGAUGGAACAGUAGAUCAGCCACCUACUGAACCUUUGGUGACUGCACUGCCAGAAGAGAGCCGGUCUGAGGGAAAAAUAAACUUCAAGAUUUACAGGAAAUAUUUUGCUGCUGGAGCAAACUACUUUGUAAUUUUUAUACUUUUACUUCUAAAUAUUUUGGCACAGGUUGCUUAUGUGCUUCAGGAUUGGUGGCUUUCAUACUGGUCAAACCAGCAAGAAAAGCUGAAUGUCACAGCACAUGGAAAUAGUGGAAUGAAUGAGACUAGACAUCUAGAUCUUAGCUUCUAUUUAGGAAUAUAUGCAGGAUUGACGAUGGCUACCGUACUGUUUGGCAUAGUGAGAAGUCUGUUGGUAUUCACAGUUCUUGUGAAUGCUGGUCAAACUUUGCACAACAAAAUGUUUCAAUCACUUUUGAAAGCUCCAGUGUUGUUCUUUGACAGAAACCCUAUAGGGAGAAUCUUAAAUCGUUUCUCUAAAGAUAUUGGCCAUCUGGAUGAUUUGCUUCCACUGACAAUUUUGGACUUCAUACAGACUCUCCUACAGAUUUUUGGCGUGGUAGCUGUGGCUGUGGCAGUGAUUCCUUGGAUCCUCAUCCCUUUAGUUCCACUUUGUAUUCUUUUCAUUUUUCUUCGACGGUAUUUCUUAGACACAGCGAGAGAUAUUAAACGUCUGGAGUCCACAACUCGAAGUCCAGUGUUCUCCCACUUGUCAACAUCUCUUCAGGGACUUUGGACAAUUCGUGCUUUCAGAGCAGAGCAAAGAUUCCAAAAAUUAUUUGAUGCUCACCAAGAUCUUCACUCAGAGGCUUGGUUUCUGUUUUUGACUACCUCCCGAUGGUUUGCUGUGCGGCUGGAUGCCAUCUGUGCCAUCUUUGUUAUAGUGGUUGCCUUUGGUUCCCUGCUUCUCGCAAAGACUCUAGAUGCAGGACAGGUUGGCUUGGCAUUGUCCUAUGCAAUCACGCUCAUGGGAAUGUUCCAGUGGGGAGUUAGGCAAAGUGCUGAAGUUGAAAAUCUGAUGAUCUCAGUAGAAAGAGUAAUGGAAUACACAGAACUUGAAAAGGAAGCUCCUUGGGAGUCCAACAAACAUCCACCAGCUGAAUGGCCAAGCCAAGGAGUGAUAGCCUUUGAAAAUGUUAACUUUACUUACAGCUUAGAUGGACCCUUGGUGUUGAGGCACUUGUCUGUUCUAAUUAAAUCAAAAGAAAAGGUUGGAAUUGUGGGACGAACAGGAGCUGGAAAGAGCUCUUUGAUAGCAGCCCUCUUUCGGUUGGCUGAACCCAAAGGAAGAAUUUGGAUUGAUAAGUACUUAACAUCAGAACUGGGACUUCAUGACUUGCGGAAGAAAAUUUCAAUCAUACCUCAGGAGCCCGUUCUGUUCACUGGAACGAUGAGAAAAAACUUGGAUCCUUUCAAUGAAUACACUGAUGAAGAGCUGUGGAAUGUCUUGGAAGAGGUGCAACUGAAGGAGGCUGUGGAAGAACUUCCUGAUAAAAUGGAGACACAGUUGGCAGAAUCUGGAUCUAAUUUUAGUGUUGGUCAGAGACAGCUCGUGUGCCUUGCCAGGGCAAUUCUCAAAAAAAAUAAAAUUCUGAUUAUUGACGAAGCAACAGCAAAUGUGGACGCAAGAACGGAUGAGUUGAUUCAAAAGACAAUCCGUGAAAAGUUUGCCCAGUGCACUGUGCUGACCAUUGCACACAGGUUGAACACCAUUAUCGACAGUGACAAGAUUAUGGUUUUAGAUGCAGGAAGACUAAAAGAAUAUAAUGAGCCAUACAUUUUGCUACAAGAAAAAGAGAGCCUGUUCUACAAGAUGGUGCAACAAGUGGGCAAGGCUGAAGCUGCUGCUCUGAUUGAAACAGCAAAACAGGUCUACUUCAGUAAAAAUUACCCAGAAGUUAUUCAGAAUGGUCAAGUUGUCACAGAUUCUUCAAUAGAUGCUGCCUCAGGAUUAAUCUUAUGUGAAACUGCCCUGUGAUCCAGCGUAGACGUGAUUGCUUUCUAUAGAAUGCAAACCGGAAACCAUCUCAACUGGAUGACUGACAGUGUUUAGAGUGGAGCUUUUUGCACUAGACAGAAUCAUAUUUAAUAUUAAGAAAAAUGUUUCAUCUAGCUCUUUCUUUGAUUUUAAAUACAUUUCCAUUGCUAAAGGAAUUAGGCAGACCUAGGGUUUUUUUUUGAAAGUUACAUUGCAAAGACUUUCAUAUUUAAAUCACAGAUGCAAGGCAUCUAACAAUUCCGGGGUGCAGUUUUAGAGGUUGUUAGAAAACCUGGAGUUUCUCUAUUUUCCCAUUUGGAAAGAAUGUAAAAUCAAUUUGUUUAGUGUCACUUUAAAAUUUGUCUUACAGCAGUUUUGAUAAUAUAACACACCAUUUUCUAAUGCAAUACUUAUUAUAUACUCCAUCUUUUUAAAGCAGUUUUGCAAACUGGCAGAAACAAGAACUGAACCAACCAAAAAUAUAUUUUUAUAGAGAUAAGUUCACAUAUUGUUGUAAAUAUAAAUUUUAAAAUUAAAACGUAAUACAGAUAUGGUGUGUAGAAAUUAAUGUAAAAAUUUCAGUUUUGCUUUGCUGAGAUCCAAAUGCUGAAAAUCAAUAUCAAUCUACUGUAUUUUAGAAGAAAAUGGUUGCAUUUUGCUUAUAUUUUGCACUGCACCAAUAUUUAAAUAAUUUAAUAUACAUUCCUCUUUUUAUCCAGCUAAUCAAAGAAAAAAGUAUUAAAUUAACUAGAGGAAAUACUUAUUGAAAGACUUGUCAUCAGUAAACACUAUGUAAUGAAAAGUUAUCUUCUGCAAAACACAUUGUGAAAAUGUAUACGUUAUUUGCAUUUAUUGUGCCUUAAUACAAUUGAAGCCAAAUCUCCACCUGCAGAGUACACAGCAAAUUCAUUAAAUAUACUUUUUUAUUUUACUGUUUUAAAUUAAGGCAUUUAAAAAAUUUGCAUCAGGAAUUCUGUUUAAAUGAAGCUUUGUGAAGUUGCCAUUUCAGCUCUUAUGGAUAGAAAACUAUCACUUGUAAUUUUGACAGUUUCAGAGUGGUAGCCGUGUUUAGUCUGUAUCAGCAGAAAUAACAAGGAAUCCUUGUGGCACCUUUAGAGACUAACA